AUGGACGCCGUCGCAAUCCAAGAUGCCAACAAGAUCAGAGUCGCCAUGGGCCUUGCGCCCUUGCCCGUACCCGGCGAAGACGGCCUCCAAUUCAAGUCAAAGGACGACGGAGAAGAAUCAGAUCCUGACGACAUGAGCACACUCGAAAAGCGCCAGGCAGCCGCAGGCGACAACUGGAAGAAACUGCAAGAUGAAGAAACUGCAAGGCAAGAGCGUCUGGCUCGCAAGGAAGCCAUCAAAAGGGCCCGCGAUAUCGAACUACGGAACGCAAAGUUGGAAGGAAAGGGUCUGGGCGACGCAGAAGAGGCAGACAUGGACACCAAAACUUGGUUGUUGCAACAAAAGAAGCGUCAAAAGAAGAUUGAGAAAGCAAGAAAGUACGAGGAAGAGCAGGCUGAACUCGAGCGUCAAGCACAAGCAGAAUACUCGGCGAAGGAUCUGGCUGGCGUCAAGGUCGCCCACGAGCUGGAUCAGUUUGAUGCUGAAGGCGAACAAAUCCUGACACUGAAGGACGCUGUCAUCGGCGACGAAAGCGAAGAUGACGAACUCGAGAACCUGGAUCUGCGCGCAAAAGAACAACUACAAGAGAAGCUGGAGCGCAAGAAGAACAAGCCUGUUUACAACCCUAAUGACAUGGACGACGGAAACCGCUCGAUUCUCGCGCAUUACGAUGAAGAGAUCGAGGGCAAAAAGAAGAAGGCAUUCACUCUGGAUACAUCUGGUGCGAUCGAUCAAGCAGCUGUCGCGGCUCGAAGGGAAGCUGCGGAAGCAGAGCGCAUUGGCGUCAAAGGCGUCAAGUUCAGUCUGGACGAGCUCAAAGACGACACACCCAUCUCAGAUUACCAAGAUCCGUCAACUGCCAAAAUCCGCAAGCCCAAGAAGCCGAAGAAGGCCAAAACUACUCGAACAAAGGCUGCCGACGACGACGACAUCUUCCCUCUACCUACACAACAAACUUCUGGAGACCAGAUGGAUGUUGAUGGUCAACCGGCAGCAAAUGGCGCUGCUAAGAAACGUGCCUUUGAAACUUUCGACGAUGAUGAUCUACAAGCCAAGCUGGCAGAACAACGCCGACAAGCAUUGAAGAAGCGUAAGAAGACUGAUGCUGCUGAGCUGGCUCGCCGCAUACGUGAAGAGGAAUCUGCAACACCAAUGAACACUGCCGAAGACGAUGAGGAGCCUGGCCUUGUCAUCGAUGAGACCACCGAGUUUGUCUCCAAUUUGAGACGCCCACAAUCACCAGAUUCGGCAGACGAGCGUCCCAGAGCCACCUCAACCCCUGCUGCCGGAGUCAAGGACGAAGACGAGACAAUGCAAGAAUCUUACGCUGCGGUCGAAGACGAAGAAGAUGCUCGUGCCCGACGCGAAGCCGAAGAACGAGGAUCAGUCGCACCACCAGCAAUGACAUCUACUGGCUUCGAGGACGAAGAAAACACUACAACCGGAGCUGGAGGCAUCCUCAACAUGCUCCGCAAACGCGGUCUCGUUCAAGAAAAUGACGCUGACAAAGCCAACGCAGCCGUUCGCGCCAAAGAGCAAUUCCUUGCCGAGAACCAAGCACUCGUCGAUGAGUACGACCGAAAGACCAGAGAAGAGCGUGAAGUAGACCGUAAAUCUGGUCGCUGGGAUCGCAUGUCCCACCGCGAGCGCGAAAACUACCAACGCCAACAAAACGAGAAAAGAGACGCCUAUCUUGCACAACUACAAGCCGAGCACUUCAAGCGCUCUUACAAGCCCAAUGUUCAGCUUCGCUACAAUGAUGAAGACGGCCGCGAGAUGAAUCAGAAGGAGGCCUUCAAGCAUCUCAGUCAUAGGUUCCACGGCAAAGGCAGUGGCAAGCAGAAGACUGAGAAGCGUAUGAAGAAGAAACAGGAAGAGGAUGAGAGGCAGAGGAAGUCGCUGCUGGGCUUCACUGGCGCCAACGAGGCUGUCGGCGCUACAGCGAAGAAGAACAGGCAGGCAGGUGUCAGGUUGCAGUAA